UCAACCAUUAGGCAUCUUCAAUUGAUUUUCAGGCUGGUGACGCGCGUUUUCAAAAUAAGUCGAUGGAAAAGCUGUUCUCAAAUAGUUAAUUUGUAAAUUUUUCACUUCCGUGUACAAUUAUUUCAAGAUGAACGAUAUGUUCGAGGAAGUAAUUGUUGAUGAACAGGUUGCAAGCUACGAGGAGACUGAGUACCUUGUGGACGAGGAGGAGAAGCCGAUUUUUAAGAGAGUCGAAAUGAAGUUUCCGAGAGGAUUAAAGUUGAAAAAAGGUACAGGCCAAUUUGUGAAGCUUACAUCAGUAAUGCCAAGCAAUAAUGUAAAAGCUUUUGUAAACAAAAGUGAUGAGCUGCAGAUACCGGUGAAAAAAGUUCCGAUUGUGCGAAAACCUGGAGAGAUUGUUACUCCAAUUCACCUCAGGAAACUAGAGCCAGGGAAAGUGUCUCCCCCGAUAAAGAAAGCGAUUGUUGUAACGCCGAAAGUAAAGACGGAAUGGACGAGAGUGGCAGCACCUGGAGCGGUGUCAACUCCCAAGCAGUUAUUAACGCGAAGACUUGAGCCAGAGCCUGAACCGGAGCCAGAUCCGGAUGGUGAUGAACAAUUUGAUGUUGAGGAGGAGGGUCAAGAUGAUGGAAUCGAUGAGGUUUCACAAGACAUGAUUGUAUCAGACAAUAUGGUCAGCUCCUCCACUGAGCAGUUGAGCCGAAUCGAGAAGAAAAUGGAUCUGAUUUUGUCAAAGUUGAAUGAACACGACGGGGCUUUGAAACUUCUGAAGUACAACAUCAACGACCUUCGGACAGAAAUGAGAAAUUCUACUAAAAUAUCUGAGUCUGUUUACGAAACACAGGCCGCCCCAAUCAAACGGGAGCGGAAGCGUACAGUGGUAUUCCCAAUUCCCGAUGACAACUAUUUGUUCCGGCUCGAAGAGCUAUCCCUGGCAGAUGACGAGAUUCGGAAUGAACUGGUAGAUCUUUUCAACGAUGCCCCGGAUAGUAGCAUAUACGAGUAUAUGCGCAAAAAUGCGUACUCCCUUUUCGAAAACACCUCCAAAUAUACAUGGACGGGAAAGCCAUCCAACAGUCUACCAUCUAUGCCGGCUUCAAAUCCCGCAUGCAAACUACAUCUCGUUGAGCUGUUAAUAUCCUGCGGAUGUGAUAAGUUCCAUAAUUCAUCGCGGGAUAAUAUAGAAAAAGAAUUCCGGAGGGCGUUGAAUAAUUUUAACGACACGAAAUACGCAAAGCGAAAACGGAAACUGGAAAAGGAUAAGCAGAUGAUGCAAUUCGACGUAUGAAUAAUGGAAAAAAUAAAGGUUUUCUUAGCAGUAAAUGCGACGCUUCAAUUUACAA